CGGCGGAGGGGGACUACAAGUCCCGGGGAGCAGCGCGGUGGCCCCUGGCCGGCAGCCGGAGCUGCGGCGGUUCCAGCGGCUCUGUGGCCCGCUGCCGCUCCCCCGGCGGCGCCAUGGACCUGUUCGGGGACCUGCGGCGCAUGAACAAGCGGCAGCUGUAUUACCAAGUCUUAAACUUUGCUAUGAUAGUGUCAUCUGCUCUGAUGAUAUGGAAAGGGCUGAUCGUCGUGACGGGAAGCGAAAGCCCCAUUGUCGUGGUACUCAGUGGCAGCAUGGAACCAGCUUUUCACAGGGGAGACCUGCUGUUCUUAACCAACUUCCACAAUGACCCGAUCAGAGCUGGUGAAAUAGUUGUUUUUAAAGUCGAAGGCAGAGACAUUCCAAUAGUUCACAGAGUAAUCAAAAUACAUGAAAAAGAAAACGGGGACAUCAAAUUUCUGACGAAAGGUGACAAUAACGAAGUUGAUGAUAGAGGCUUGUACAAAGAAGGUCAGAACUGGUUAGAGAAGAAGGAUGUUGUUGGGAGAGCAAGAGGGUUUUUGCCGUAUGUUGGCAUGGUGACUAUCAUAAUGAAUGACUACCCCAAAUUUAAGUACGCUCUUCUGGCAGUGAUGGGAGCAUAUGUGCUGCUGAAACGUGAAUCCUAGCAACAAGGAGUCACUUUUCCAGGAGAAAAGUGCGAAGUUAAAUGUACAGGGGAAAAACCUAAUAUAUUUCUGUAUGCAUUUACAGAACCGUGCAAGCUUUUGUCUGGUCUAAAUAAACCGUACAGCUAAUAAGUGAGGCUUUGGCUGUUGAUUGGUUCUGCGAUAGCACAUUUACUGUCGCAGAUAGAAGCUGCUCUCAGUUGGCCUUCUGUUUGUUUGGAAGACACCAUCACGUGCUCAAGCUGCUCAUGCGCUCCUCGACAUGCCAUGUUGCUUUUCUAAGUUUCUUUCUCCCUCCUGUUUGCUCAUUGUUUUGGUUUGGGUAUUCUUAAUCUGCCAGCGUCCUCUCUUUCCACAGCGUGCGGGUGGUUUGUGGUGGUACUAGUAAGGACACGGCACAGGGGUUAGAGCAGGUAGCAAGGUGUUGGAGUUCAGCCAGGUAAUGCCUGAAGAAGGUCGCAUAGAGAUGGUCUGCCGAAAACGGACACAAAAGGGUCUCAGACUGAGAAAUGGAAACUUGGAGCUUUUUGGAACUUGCUUCUUUCUGGCGUGGGGACAAAAAGCUGAUUUCCAGAGGCCUGAUUUUUAGGGAUACCGUAUGUUUGUAGGACUCGGGCUGUUAACCGUUCUGCCUUUAUGUUCCUAGCUAUGAAACAACCCAGCAGAAAGAUUCUGGAGGGCUUCAUUUUAAGCUCCUUAAUGAACAGCAGAGCAGAGCACCUGGGCAAUACGGCCAGUGAGGGUAAGACAUGGUUCAUGUAGGUUUAGAGACUAUUGUUCUCCUCUGUCGUAUCAUACCUGAGUGCUCUUAACAUAACAUUGAUUUCCCACUUUAAAACUUUCCCAUCAGCUGUCUUGGAUGAAAUUCUGGAUUUUUCUCUUCUUGGCUUCAAAAGUCAGCGUUGUACCUUCAACAGAGAAGACCUUGUUUUUCGGGCUUGCUUUAUUUUGUAGCUUUGAUAAGGAACAGCGUGAUGCUUUCUUCCCAUGGAGUUUUGUCUCUUCUGAACUCCCCUGCCUCCCUGUACCAUUAUACAGUAAUGGCACCAUUCUGUUGUGACUGGGAGGACUGAGGGGCAGACAACUGCUGAAUUUUUCCAACUAAUAUUACUUCUUUUGUGUCCUACUACACAGUUUUCACGACAUGCUGUAUUAUAAAAAUUACUUAUUUUGUGCCAAAUUGUGUACAAAUAAAAUUGGUUGUAAUAAAUGGCAUGUCAGAAUAAUUUAGGUAUCCUUAAUGCAG